AUCUCUAAAGAGGUAAGAGUGAUUGAAGGGCCAUGACUUUGUCACACCAUCUUCUUCUUGGUCUUCUUCUUCUUCUUGUAGUGCUCUCUCUAUGGCAUUGCAGUGCAGAUUCUGCAGACCCUUUAGGGGUUUUCUGCAACAAAGACACCAAAAUUGGGAGCGGGAAAGAAUCAGCCAACAUUGAUCACUUGUUGGUUGAAUUGGUCUCAAAAGCUUCCACAAAUGGCUUCUUGGCUACCUCCUAUGGUAGUGGCCAAUACUUGGUCUACGGCUUGGCACAAUGCAGAGGAGAUGUGGGCAAGGAGGACUGCUCAACUUGUAUUCAAGAUGCUGCAAAGCAGAUUCGUACACGUUGUCCAAACGAGGCCGACGCCAGGAUUUGGUUUGAUUACUGCUUUCUAAGGUACAGCAACAAGGACUUCAUCGGGGAAGUUGACACGGGCUUUGGGAUUUACUAUUACAAUGUGGAUAAUGUGACCGAAACGGAGCGGUUUAAUGAAGAAUUAAGCAAGCUGAUGGAGAAGAUCAGAUCGCAGGCUGUUGAACCCCAGAACGCAGGGCUGGGGAAAGGCCAGACAGAGCUCACACCCUUCAUCACACUCUACGCCUUGGUGCAAUGCACACGGGACCUGUCGCCAUUGUCCUGCGCCCAAUGCCUCGCCAUUGCUGUUGGCAAUUUCCCCAACUUCUGCGACAACAGGAAGGGUUGCCGCGUUUUGUAUAGCAGUUGUUAUACUCGCUACGAGCUCUAUCCAUUCUUCUUCCCUAUCAGCUCCGCCAAAAAUUUUUCUAACACUCAGAUGAUGAUGGUUUAUCCGUAGAUUUAGGCCAUGACAACAUCUGCGAUUCUGCAUGCCUAAGAAAAAGGAUAUAUGCAGAACUUUUGCCAUAUUUUGUAUCUUUGCAUCCAUGUGUAUCUUCUUUUCUAAGUCUUUAAUGCUAUAAGCUUGGUUUCUAAAUACAAAAUAA